AUGGCGCCCUUUACAAUAUUUCAAUUAAUAUCUCUAGUGGCGUUCAGGUCGGGAGGUGAUACUUGGAAACAGCUGCAAUCAAUUUUCGGAAUACCUAAAGAAAAUGGAAAACAGUUUAACUCUCUGUUCAUGUUUGUAAACGAUUUGCUAGUUCAACAAAAGCCGGGAAGAAUUUUAAAGAACAUACAAGUCAUAUUCUUCGACACUGACAUAGGGCCAUAUAUACGGAAGAUUUUCGUUCGCAAUGUCCUAAACGCUGGAGUAAGUAUGGUAAAACUCAAUUUUGAUGAUAAUAUCCUGGCUGCAGAAUCAGCUAAUAACUUUAUUCGCUUGUCCGUCACUUCGUCCCCAACGAAUGUCGUAUUCGACAAAACUGAUUUUGAUGAAACAUCGAUGAUUGUGAGUGGUGUUGUAGAAUUUAGUGGAGUCUGGUCCCUGCCUUUCCAUGAAAUCAAUACUGUUUUAGAAGACGGUCAUAAUGGUAAGGGAAAAGUAUAUAUGAUGCAUCAAUGGGCUAAUGUAAGAUACGCUGAUAUUGAACAGCUAGGAGCAUCGGUUUUAGAACUACCAUACGGAGAAGACAAAGAAUAUAGUAUGAUUAUAAUGAGACCAGAAGGAGACUUGAGCGUCACGGAUGUACUGGAAAACUUCGCUAAAAUAGACUUUUUAGAAGUUAUUCAUCGAUUAUACAGUGAAGGAUUACAAGAAAUAGAAGUCAAACUACCAAAAUUUUCAAUUACUUCGACUUUAAUAUUAGACGGUCCCUUAAAGUCUAUGGGAGCUAAAAACGGGUUCUUAAUGAAUCUUGCGGACUUUUCGGGAAUAUCGUCCGAAGAUAUUUAUAUUUCCGCUUUGGAGCAAAGAACAACAGUGAUGGUCGGGGCGGGGGGGACAGUGAUAAUGGCACACACGCCCGGCAAUUUUGCUCACAAAACAAGAUAUUCAUCAAAUGAAAUGGGCCAGCCAUUUUUGUUCUUUAUAGUGCAUCGAAAAUAUAUGAGUAUUGUCUUCUGUGGGAGAUAUGGACGGAAAGAUUUUGAUUGA